AAGAUGGAGUCUCAGGUGCGUCAGAACUUCCAUCUGGACUGUGAGGCUGCUGUCAAUCGCAUGGUGAACUUGGAGUUGUAUGCUAGCUAUGUCUACCUCUCCAUGUCUUGCUACUUUGACCGUGACGAUGUGGCCCUGAGGCAUAUGGCCCAGUUCCUGAAGGAGCAGUCACAUGAGGAGAGGGAGCAUGCAGAGAAAUUUCUGACCUACCAAAACAAGCGAGGGGGACGCAUUGUCCUGCAGGACAUCAGGAAGCCUGAGCGGGAUGAGUGGGGGAACAGCCUGGAGGCCCUGCAAUGUGCCCUGCAGCUGGAGAAGGCUAUAAACCAGGCUCUGCUGGACCUGCACAAGCUGGCUACAGAGAAGAAUGACCCCCAUCUUUGUGACUUCCUGGAGUCUGACUACCUGGAGGAGCAGGUGAAGACCAUCAAGCAGCUGGGAGACCACCUCACCAACCUGAAGCUCCUGGGAGUGCCCCAGAAUGGCAUGGGAGAGUAUCUGUUUGACAAGCAUACCCUGGGGGAGAACAGCUGA